AGGAGAAGCGUAUAUAGCCCUGUCUCCAUCCAGGCUGGGGUAGAUGCCAAGGACAGCGACACUACAGCACUGUUCCAAGGCUACGUUCCCACUGACGCCAUCAUGAAGCUGCUUGCGAUGGUUGUUCUGCUCGUCACUGUCUGUAGCCUGGAAGGGGCUUUGGUUCGGAGACAGGCAGAGGAGCCGGGUCUGCAGAGCCUGUUCAGUCAGUAUUUUCAGACCAUGACUGACUAUGGCAAGGACUUGAUGGAGAAGGCCAAGAGCACGGAGAUCCAGACCCAAGCCAAGGCUUACUUUGAAAAGACACAUGAGCAGCUGACACCCCUGGUCAAGAAAGCUGGAGCAGAUCUGAUGAGCUUCCUCAGCAACUUUAUGAACUUUGAGAAACCAGCUCCUGCUGCUAAGUGAGGUGUGGGGCACCUGUCUUCCUACCCCAGCUCCCCACUGGCCUGCCCUAGAGCCCCCUCCUGCCCACUGGCUACCCUAAAGCCCCCACUCUACCUUCUGCCCGUGUUGUACAAUAAAUGCGGAAGGAAUCAAA